AUGACGAAUGGACACAUACUACCUAUCCAGUCGAAGUUGAGUGACGCAAAGGCUCAACUAGAGUUGCACCCGCUCCCAGAAGGAGAUGCCGUGCUGGUCAGAGUGAAGCCACCAAUGUCGCCGCCGAACUCCUCCUCCCAGACACAUGUCCCGUGCGAUGUCGUUUUGGUUAUCGAUAUCUCAGGAAGCAUGGGCGAUAGUGCUCCUUUGCCACCGAACGGGUCCAAUCAGUCGGAGGAUACUGGAUUAUGCGUGCUUGACUUGGUCAAACAUGCCGCGAAGGUUAUCAUUGCAUCCUUAGCAGAUGACGACCGCUUGGGAAUCGUGUCAUUUCACACCCAUCCUGAAGUCGUCCAGUCGAGACUUCCCAUGACCAAUGGAAAUAAGAAAUCAACCAUCGAUCGAAUCGAGCAGCUUCACCCCAAAAUGAGCACGAAUCUCUGGGGAGGUAUUCGGGAGGGGCUGAAAUUGUUCGAGGACGGCCACGCUGUAGAUGGCAAUGUCCCCGCGCUGAUUGUUCUUACGGAUGGGCAGCCGAACCAUAUGUGCCCCCCGCAAGGUUACCUUCCCAAAUUGAUACCGAUUCUGAACAGAAUGGCGAAGAAGGGGAUCCCUCCGAUCACCAUCAACACUUUCGGAUUUGGAUACAACUUGCGUUCGGGAUUGCUCCAGUGCAUUGCCGAGGAGGGCAACGGCUCGUACGCUUACAUUCCUGACGCCGGAAUGAUUGGGACGGUGUUCGUUCAUGCGAUGGCUAACCUUUUCAAUACGUUUGCUGCGGCUGCAUCAUUGACCUUUAUCACAUCCCCCGAAUUGGCCCUGGAUUUCCGAGGCAUGGUUGCUGCCACGGCAACUCAAAUUGGCGGUGCCCGAUUAAAGAUUGGGAAUCUACAAUACGGACAAUCUCGUGAUAUUGUUCUAGCCUACGGUGGCAAACAGCCCCGACUGUCCUCUACUAUCCAGGUAUCGCUGCGCUGCCGUGGACCUUCUAUGGAAAGACUUGAGUUGACCACCGCUACAUCAUUAUCCCAGAGAUCUUCUCUUCCAGACGAGUACUGCCAGUACCAGCGGUUCCGUACUCGCUUCUGCCACAUGAUCUCUUCCUUGUUUCCUGCAUCCGCCAACGGGGAAUACAAAGCUGUUGACGAUCCUGCCGAUGCGCUGCUCGACCUGGAAGAACUAGCCACUGACAUCAACUGUUCAGGGCUUAAUGAUCCACUGAACACAUCGUUAUUCAAUGACUUGUGUGGACCGGAGCCGAUGGGGCAAGUCAAAACCGCACUGUCUCAUGGGACAUAUUGGCAGAAAUGGGGGGCACAUUAUCUUCGUUCCCUCUUAUCUGCACAUUCCCGCCAAGUGUGUAAUUCGUUCAAGGACUCAGGGCCGUUGCAAUAUGGAUCCGAAUCCCCCGUGUUCAUCAGAUGCCGAGAUCAGCUGGAUGAAAUUUUUGACAACCUGCCGGCGCCGAAAUCUUCCCCUCGUCCCGCACAAACAACUGGCCGUACCCGCGGACUCGGUGCACCACCUCCGUACACUCCCUUGCGCAUGUCCAGGUACAGAAAUUUCAAUAGUUCCUGUUUUGCCGGCCACUGCCUCAUCCAGUUAUCCAACGGACGCAAUGUUCCAGUGCGUUCCUUGCGCCCAGGUAUGUCCGUAUGGACGCCGGCUGGAUUCAAUACUAUCAAAGCCAUUGUUGGAACUAGAAUACGACGCCAGAAGCUUUGUCGGAUCGGAAACCUCUGGAUUACACCCUGGCACCCGGUCUGUUCUGCGGAAGGUCAGUGGGCUUUUCCCAUAGACAUUGCCGAAGAGACGAGGACGGUAGCAUGUCCCGUCUAUUCUCUCUUACUCAACCACUCCCCCGACCCGGACGCCCAUGCUGUUCGCAUAGGCAGCAUCAAAGCGGUCACUCUGGGCCACGGAAUCACCAAAGGCAAUGAUAUUAGAACUCACGCCUUUUUCGGUGAUUGGAUGAAGGUCAAACAUAAUUUGGUUUGUCAGGGUCUACUUGAUGGAAGCCAUCACGUGCAGUGGGUUGAUGGGGUAUGGAAGGACGAGCAGACGGGCUUGGCCGGAGGAUUCUUGAAACCUUCCAGUCUCCGCAGAAAGCGUCCGCUUUCUAAAAGGCUGGGUGGUCUGAGAAGCUGGCGUCAUUCAAUCACUGCAGCGCCACUAGGCAUUGCUUGUUAG